AUGCUCUGGAGCUUACAAUUGACUUGGCGCAAGAAGGGGGCUAUUAUGGCUAUUUUUGGACUGGGUAUUAUAUCCAUUGCUGCUAUCUUCUGCGGCUGCGCUCCCUCAAUUUCCGUCUUGAUUAAAGCCUACGCGCCAUCUAUAUUUGGACCCAGCACUGCCAAAUACCCAAGUAACGCGCAGUCACCCGGAGCAAGCUAUGUACAUCGACGAAACCCUCUAAAGAGUAAUCGACGUCGGGGGCUGGGGGAUACGACCUUGGGUAGUCAGGAUGCCAUUGUUACUGCUAAUAACCCUGACCAGGAUCAGGAUGGAAUCAUGAUGAAGACAUAUAUACAAAUGGAUGUCGCGACACGGAGUUCCGGAGAGGACCCAACUUACAAAAGGGAAUAUUACGAUUUUGGGGGGCGAAAAUAA